UGCGCGAGUCCUGGCGCGUGCCCGCCCUCCCGCAACUGUCCGACCCGGCGGGUGGGAGGGGUGGGUCUGGGAACGUUGCGGCGGCUGUCGCCGCGGUCCCAGCACCCAGAGCUGUUCUCCAGCCAAGCCUGCGGUUGGAGUCCUUCCUUGCCUCCUGGGGCGGCAGCCACCGCCCCCAGAUGGUGGGUCCGGAGGAUGCCGGAGCCUGCUCGGGAAGAAACCCCAAGUUGCUCCCGGUGCCUGCGCCCGAGCCCGUGGGCCAGGACGGGAAGGUAAUCCGGGCCACGGGCGGCUUUGGCGGAGGCGUCGACGCUGUGGAGCCGCCGGAGGACGCUGAAGAGGAGGAGGAGGAGACGCCGCCUCGCCAGCUCCUUCAGUGUUACCUCGCGGAGGCCGGGGAACAGCUGGAGCCGGGGCUCUGCCACUGUCCGCUCCCCGCUGGUCAGGCCGGCGCCCAGCCGCCCUCGGCAGCUCCAACAUCGGACGCCUGUCCGCUGGACUCGGGCUCCAAGCACCCCGGCGCGGAGGUGGCGGAUGGCCCCGCGCCGCGACACGGAGGCAUGACCAACGGCGACUCGGGCUUUCUGCCUGGCCGGGACUGUCGCGAUCUGGAAGAGGCUCGCGGGCUGGCGCGCGCCGGCGGCCGGGAGUCGCGCCGCCGCCGCCCCUGCGGCCGCCUCCGCCUGGAGGGGCCUGGCGACCAGGACUCCGACGGCGCGGGCAGCACGUCCGACUGGGCCUCGCCGCUUGAGGACCCGCUGCGGAGCUGCUGCCUGGUGGCCGCGGACGCCGAGGAGCCCGAGGGCGAGGGCAGCGGCUCCGGGAACAGCCCGGCCAGCAGCUGCAGCAGUAGCGAGUACUCGGAGCAGCCCAGGGCCGGCGCCGGGAGUCCCCAAGAGGGCGCGCCCUCUGGCCCCUCGGCCGAGAGGACUAGUGGGGGUGCGGAGCCGCGCCUGGGCUUUUCUGACAUUCACUUGAACUCUCGGAACACGUUCGAGGUGAGCCGCGGUCAGAGCGCCUGCGAUUACUUGCCCCCGGCGGGGCCGCCGGUGCCCUCGCCCGCCGCGGAGCAGGGUCCCGUGGGGACUUCGGCCCGGGCUCGACGGAGCGGCGGCUUCGCGGACUUCUUCGCCAGAAACCUUUUUCCAAAAAGGACAAAGGAACUCAAAUCAGUUGUCCAUAGUGCUCCUGGUUGGAAAUUAUUUGGUAAAGUCCCUCCUAGAGAGAAUCUUCAGAAAACAUCCAGAAUCAUUCAGCAGGAAUAUGAAGCACGGACAGGAAGGACCUGUAAACCACCACCUCAGUCUUCAAGACGUAAGAAUUUUGAAUUUGAGCCACUUUCUACCACUGCCCUGAUUCUUGAGGAUCGACCAUCAAAUCUUCCUGCCAAAUCUGUGGAAGAAGCUUUACGUCACCGACAAGAAUAUGAUGAGAUGGUGGCUGAGGCUAAAAAACGAGAAAUUAAGGAAGCACAUAAAAGAAAAAGAAUAAUGAAAGAACGAUUUAAGCAGGAAGAAAAUAUUGCAAGUGCAAUGGUAAUUUGGAUCAAUGAAAUACUGCCCAAUUGGGAAGUAAUGCGUAGUACAAGAAGAGUUCGAGAAUUGUGGUGGCAGGGAUUGCCCCCUAGUGUCCGUGGGAAAGUUUGGAGUCUAGCUGUAGGAAAUGAACUAAAUAUCACUCCUGAACUUUAUGAAAUCUUCCUCUCAAGAGCAAAAGAACGGUGGAAAAGUUUCAGUGAAACAAGUUCAGAGAAUGAUACAGAAGGUGUGUCUGUUGCUGAUCGAGAGGCCAGUCUGGAAUUAAUUAAGUUGGACAUAUCCCGUACAUUUCCAUCUCUCUACAUCUUUCAGAAGGGUGGCCCAUAUCAUGAUGUCUUACAUAGUAUUUUAGGGGCAUAUACAUGCUACAGACCUGAUGUUGGUUAUGUCCAAGGGAUGUCCUUCAUUGCAGCAGUACUCAUUCUCAAUUUGGAAGAGGCAGAUGCCUUUAUUGCAUUUGCAAAUCUCCUGAAUAAGCCAUGCCAGUUGGCCUUCUUUCGUGUGGAUCACAGCAUGAUGUUGAAAUAUUUUGCUACAUUUGAAGUAUUCUUUGAAGAAAAUCUCUCCAAAUUAUUUCUUCACUUCAAAUCUUACAGUCUUACACCAGAUAUAUACUUGAUAGACUGGAUCUUCACAUUAUAUAGCAGAUCACUACCACUUGAUCUGGCCUGUCGAGUCUGGGAUGUAUUUUGCAGAGAUGGGGAAGAAUUUUUAUUUAGGACUGGAUUAGGAAUACUUCGAUUAUAUGAAGAUAUUCUCCUGCAGAUGGACUUUAUUCAUAUAGCACAGUUUCUAACUAAAUUGCCAGAAGAUAUCACAUCAGAAAAGCUGUUCAGUUGUAUUGCAGCCAUUCAGAUGCAGAAUAGCACCAAAAAAUGGACUCAGGUCUUCACAUCUGUAAUGAAGGAUAUUAAAGAAGGAGACAAGAACAGUAGUCCUGCUUUGAAAAGCUAGUCUUCAAAAUUGACAGAUGAAUUGACAUAUAAAAGGUGGUUUUUGGAUAAAGGUUUUUUUGUUUCCUAUAUAAAAGGCAUGGAAGAAAAUGUUGAAGAUAUCUAAAAGAAUCAAGAGGUGGAAAACUGCUGAUUUUAGAUUUUAUGGCUGAAGUAAAUGAAAUAAGUAACUUAUUGACAGUAUUAAUAAAAUGUUAUUUUGUAGGUAGAGUCAUUUUUCAAAGGAAAAAGUUUAAAUGGUGAGUUUAUACUCCACAAUUUGGAAUAAACAGUUUAAUGCAAUAAAUUUUUAAAAUAGCUUUGGAGAUAACUUCAAAUUUUUACAUCUUUUCUUUUGUAACUGUUACCACAAAGAUACUCUGGAGGUUAGAACAGGAUUGUUAAGUACUACUGCUACCCUCCAAAGUACUAUAGUACAGACAUUGUUUCCAGUUUUGACCUUUUGAAGAUAUUAUAGACCAGUAGUAAACAAAUUGGUUGUAAAUUAUCUAAGUCACUGAAGGUGUCAUUUAUCUUCAUUCAUAAGUUGGGGUAAAUGUGAGUUAUCUAGGAACUGGAAAUGUUGGUAGGUGAUUGUUUAUUGUUUGUUUAGAUGUUUUUCCACAGUACUGUGUUCACUUUUUUUUUAAGGGAAAUUUGUUGUCUUCCUUAAGGAAUUUCUAUCACUCAGAAUUGUAGCUGUUCUGGUUCUAGUCUAACAAAUUAUUCAUCUAAUAAUUUGACAUUAAGAAAACUAUAACUGGUAGAAGGAAAGUUCUUUGCACUUGAGUGGAUUGAAGACUUGACUUUGAGAGUAAGUCCAGAAACUUAUGAAGUUUCUCAGUGAUAAGAGUAAAAAGUAGUGUAUCCUGAGAGUUCUUAAAUAGCAUGCUACUUGGCAAGACUUUAUAUUUUUUUAGUUACAAUUCUUCCACUGUCUAUAGAAACAAAAUUUGUUAACUCCAGUUUGAAAUUUGAAAUCUAAUAUGUAGCUAAAUCUAUGACUUGUAAAACACUAUGCAUAAUUUUUCUAAUCAGUAGAAAUUAGAGUGAAAGAAAAAGAUAAAGUUAAUUUUUUUUUCUAAGUCUACAUCCUAUCUCUUAUUCAAUUGCCUGAAGAAGCUGUGUGAGGAGAUAGUCUGGUUAUUGGUUCCUUUAUCUAUCAAUGCCAUCCUAAUCUCUUCACAUGUUACACUAAAUGCUGCCUGUAACCCAUCCUCAUCUUCUUUACUCAUCAUUGCUUUCUUCAAGGAAGAUCUAGAUACUGCCUCAUCUACCUCAUUAUCAGCUAGUGACUGAUCUAGUUAGUGACUCUUUGGAAGACUGAUAGCCUCUAAAUGAGUUAUCCAACUUCCGCUUCCUCCCAUUGGCCACUUUACAUAGGUUUGAGAACUUAGCAGGUGCUAAAUCCUCAUGCCCACGGAGGCAAAAUACUUUGAGGAAUGGGAACAUCUCUUCACUGUGUUCUUGGAUCAGCCUUCUCUUAACCACCAAGAAAUGCAUGAUUUCUCUGCCAACUCCGGGAAGUAGUGCUGUAUGACUGUAUCAUUCUUUGAUGAAUUCUUUCAUUGAAACAUAGGGAGUCAUUUCCAAAAAGGUAGUUAUGAGCUUAAACUGACUUAUGAACAUUUUGCCUGUGGGCCCUACACUGUCAUGACCCUCCAGUUGAAACAGAGCAUGAAUUAUUUUUUUGUUGAGUUCUUGAACUGCUAACCAGGUGUAUGUUUCCUUGAAGUCCGGAGCAGGAUCCAGGUCAGAUGAAGGAGGUGGUAUACCUGGCUUAACUGCAGAAAAUAGAGCAUUGAACUUCUUCACAAUGAGCUGCAUUGGGUUUCUGUUUGGCUUUCUCACUGAAUAGUAAAUUAGGGAAAAUGCUGCUUUUACUAUUUUGCAUUUUAUGUCCACAUUUACAGCCUUUUCCCAGUCAGGUGCUGUCCAAGGAACAUGUUUCCUUUGGGAGGUCUGAACAGCAUGAUCUGGCUUGAUGUGUUUCUUGAGCUCUAAUACCAUAUUAUAGAGUUGUUUAAAUGUAGCCAACAGCAGUGUCAGAACAAUUGACAUUGUCCCUCCAAGAUUCAAUGCAUUGGCUUUCAGAGCUGCUACUAGAGCCAUACAUGAGGCAGUGAACACAUCUUUAGGUGGUGGCAAGGCUAUAUCUGAUUAAUAGAGAUCUCUGAUCUCUAACGACAUAUUGCUAUUGUCCUAUUACAUUUAAAUUUGAACCUAAACUAAAUCACUUGAGUGUUAUGAGUGAUGUCUAUAUAACAUGCCAUUUGGCUAGAUGUAUAGUGCGUUUUUAUGUUGCAGUUUGGUUUGAAACAAUACUUAAGCACACUAUUUCUGUUAGUGGUAUAUAGUUUUCAAACUAACAAGCUGUGAUCCUUGUUAGUGUAGUGACUGCCUUUUUAGGAGUAUGGGAUCCUAGGGUGCCCAUGUAUUUUUAUCCCGUGGGUCAUUCUAUCCUAGGGACUACUAGAAGACCCCUCAAAAGGUAACUGCUAUUAUAGGGACUUACUUAGUGGAAACUGGUAGUAUAAUAAAAUAUUGAAGGAGGCUACGGUCUUAGUAGGUUUUAGAAUGACCUUUUAACCCCACUAACUACUUACUUGGUGUUGAUGUCCCUAAUAGAGGAAAUACAACCUCUAGCAGUAAUCUCAUUCAGGUUAUACUACCUGCCUAAAUUUAAUCAUACUUGUAUGUAUUUGUUUCCUCAGUUGGAACUAAGUUACUGUAUUUCUUUUUCUUAUUUUUUUUAUUAUUGUACAGUUUCUUUACCUUUCAAGUAUAAAUGUGUAUAUAAAAUGUAAAUACGAGGAAUUCACUAAAAACCACUCAUAACAAUUACUGUGUAAAUAAAACUGGUAAGCAGAGUAAUUACUUGAAGUGAGUCUUCAUUACUUUGGGGAUAUCUGUUUUAUUUAACUGCAUCUCAAGAACAAAAAGGAAAUACUCUGUUUUUGUUGGCCAAAUUUGUCUUCCAAGGAAUGCACUAGGCCUUCAGUCUUUUGAGACUGGCAGUACUGGCAGCUAAAAUAUUGUACUGUAUCUUUGCUUGAGCCCAGUAUGUAGGAAAUAUGUGAUAAUUCCCAUGGUCAAUAUAUGGCAGUUUUUGUUGUUGUUGUUAAAGUAUAUUUUCAAUUAAAAAAAACUUUUCCUAAUAUACUCAAGAUAAUGUGAAAUUUAA